UCGAGCGUCAUUUUCUAGAUUUCUCCGGUCAUUGCAAAAUCCCAAAACCGCUCGAUUGUCUAUACAUUGCAAUCGGAGUAAAGAAGACAGUUCCUCGACCGGAAACCAUGCCUGAAAGCACCGAAGUCACCUUCGGAGAGGCGGAGUCGAAGAACGCUCACCAACACCAGCAGCUGCACAACUUGUUUUCACAGCUUUCGAAAUUUGAACUCAAAAUCCCUUUCCUCGACCAACUGCUAAAACCUAAAGGCGAGUCUGCUGUUAAGGUUGAAUCUGUUGACGUUCAAAAUGAGGAGAAAAUCGAGAAACCGGACAUUGUUAAGUUCCCGAACGCGCAGCUGACGGUUCCGCCUCCGUUGGAGUUGGAGGUGAAAGAGAUUGGGAGGACUUCCAACCCCGUCGUUCUCUGGCAGGUUUAUGCCAUUGGUGGGUUCUUUGUCCUGAAGUGGGUGUGGGCAAGAUGGAAUGAGAGAAAGGAGAGAGCCAGGAAGGGUUCUUCUGAUGAUAAUCAGUCUUGUGAGGAUGAUCAGCCCCCUGAAGAUUAUCAAUCUGCAGCUGAUGAUGAGCCAUAACUUUCAAGGUGCAUUAUGUCAAACUUCUUUUCUGAACUCUUUUGUACUUGGUGAAUGCAAAGUUGGUUUUCCUGGUGAAUGAAAUAUUUUCUCACCUUUUCUGCCACCCGACAGUUGUCGUCGGCAGCCAUAUACCAACUCUAACAGGUUUUAUCUGUCGCCGAAUACUAGUAUAUGAAAUGAUUUUAGAUGUUUUAAAUUUCAUCUCAAUGAAAAUCUUAUCCGUAGCA